AUGCAACGACCAUAUCGGGAUGGGUGUGCGCUACAACCCCGAAAGAAGAAGAUAGGGAACUACUACUCGACGCCUAUAUUCUCUUUCCGGUGUAAAUGCCAUCUUUGUUCUGGUUGGUUCCAAUCCACAUGGAUCCAAACAACACGCGUUAUGUCGUUUUCUCAGGAGCGAGGCAGAAAGAUGAGGAGUGGAAUCCAGAGGGGAAUGGGGUUCGCCAUACACGAUACUGAUGAGAAAGCGGAGAACGCGGACCCCCUCGCUGCAUUGGAAAAGUCAACAUAUACGCAGAACCACAAUAAGAAUGACAUCAGCAAGCUUAACUGGAGGUAUCCACCUCGCAUACAUCUUUCAUAA